UUUAGUCUGUCAAUGUGACGUCAUAAGGCUGCGCCGCGCUCCUGUCAUCUGUGAUCUGAGGAAACUUUGUGUUUUCAUUCAUUUAACGCAUUUAAAUCAUCACAAGGCCUAGCGAACUAUGAAAUGCGUUAACUAUUGUUUAUGUUAACAUCGUAAUACUUUAUUGUGUAAGUUAAGCGCAUCCACGGACGAGCAACAGUAAAGUAGCGUCUCAUUUCGCUUCAUAUGAGUCGAGAAUCAGUUUAGUAAACAUGAAUUGUGUCUCUGAGAACAGGAGCUUCUAAAUGUAUAAUCUGUUUCUUAAAGCUCGACGCCUGCUGGUCAAAACAGUCUAAACCCAACGACAACAACAAACAGGACAGAGUGACAGAGACACAGAAACAUGGCGUUUAUUAAAGAGGAGAGCGAAGACUUCAGGAUCGAAGAGGUUUUCAGUGUCAAACUAGAGGAUUUCCAGAAACAAACAGACCUGACAUCUUUUAAAGAGGAGAAUGAAGUGCUGAAUGAAAUGGAAGAGAAAGAUCAUCAGAAUGAGAGUCAUGAUUUCAGUUUUGAAGAAAAACCUUUUAAUUGCUCACAGACUACAAAGACUUUCUCACGAAAAAGAGUUAAAAAAGGGAUAGGAACUAGAAGUUGUUUAACCUGCUGUCAGUGUGGAAAGCUUUUCACUCAAAAAGGAAGCCUCAACAGGCACAUGAGAAUUCACACUGGAGAGAAACCUUACUCAUGCCCUCAGUGUGGAAAGAGUUUCAUUCAGUUUGGAAAUCUUAAAGUCCACAUGAGAAGUCACACUGGAGAGAAACCCUACAAGUGUCUUCAGUGUGGAAAAAGUUUGGAUCAAUAUGGAAACUUCAAAGUCCACAUGAAAAUUCAUACAGGAGAAAGCCAUUUUACCUGUCAACAGUGUGGAGUAAGUUUCAGCAAGAAAUGGAUUCUCAACAGGCAUAUGAGAAUUCACACUGGAGAGAAGCCUUACAUGUGUCUUCGGUGUGGAAAGAGAUUUCAUCAGCACGGAAACCUUAAACUCCACAUGAGUAUUCAUACAGGAGAAAAGCCUUUUACCUGCCAACAGUGUGGAAAGACUUUUGAUCAAAAUGAAAAGCUUCAAGUACACAUGAGAAAUCACGUUGGAGAAAACUUUUUCACCUGUCAACAGUGUGGAGAAAGUUUCAGCAAGAAAUGGAUUCUCAACAGGCAUAUGAGAAUUCACACUGGAGAGAAGCCUUACACAUGUCUUCAGUGUGGAAAGAGUUUUCAUCAGCGUGGAAACCUUAAACUCCACAUGAGUAUUCAUACAGGAGAAAAGCCUUUUACCUGCCAACAGUGUGGAAAGCAUUUUAAACGAAAAGGAACCCUUAAGUAUCACAUGAGAAUUCACUCCAGGGAGGAAAAGCUUUACACAUGCCAUCAGUGUGGAAAGAAUUUCACUCAAAAUGAAGAGUUUGAAAAACACAUGACAAUUCACGCCGAAGAAAACCUUUCCACCAGCCAACAGUGUGGAGUAAGUUUCACGCAAAAUAAGAUUCUCCAUAUGGACAAGAAAAAUCAGACUGUGGAGAAGCCUUACACAUGCUCUCAGUGUGGAAAGAGUUUUGAUCAAAAUGAAAAGCUUGAAGUCCACAUGAAAAUUCACACCAGAGAAAACCCUUUCACCAGCCAACAGUGUGGAGUAAGUUUCACUCAAAAAGGGUUACUGAAUGUGGACAAGAAAAUUCAGACUGGGGAGAAGCCUUACACAUGCCCUCAGUGUGGAAAGGGUUUUCAUCAACAUAGAAACCUUAAAAUUCACAUGAAAGUUCAUACAGGAGAAAGGCCUUUUACCUGCCAACAGUGUGGAAAAUGUUUCAAACGAAAAGGAAACCUUAAUUAUCACAUGAGCAUACACACUGGAGAAAGCCAUUUCACCUGCCAGCAGUGUGGACUAAGUUUCACUCAAAAAGGAAGCCUUAACAGGCAUAUGCGAAUUCACACUGGAGAAAAGCCUUACAAGUGCCCUCAGUGUGGAAAGAGUUUUGAUCAACAUGGAAACUUUAAAGUCCAUAUGAGAAUUCACACUGGAGAAAAGCCUUACAAGUGUCUUCAGUGUGGAAAGAGUUUUGAUCAACAUGGAAACUUUAAAGUCCAUAUGAGAGCUCACACUGGAAAGAGCCCUUUCAACUGUCAACAGUGUGGGAAAGGAUUCACCCGAAAAAGAAACCUUAAUUACCACACACAAAUUCAUACUGGAGAGAAGCCUUUCAUCUGCAAACAGUGUGGAAAGGGCUUCACUCAAAAAGAGAUUCUCAACAGACACAUGAAAAUUCACACUGAAGUUCAGAUGAGAAAUCAUACUGAAGAGACCCUUUUACCUACCAACAGUGUGGAACUUUCGGCAGAAGUUAAGUUUGAAAAUAAAUCCAUAUCUUGCUAAUGAAUGCUCAGAACAAUAAGAAGCCAUUUAUAUGUGAUUAGUGUGGAGUUUCAGAUAGAUGCUAACUCCUUGAGGAUUCACUUAAGAGAGAAUGUCAUCAAACUGUUUCCUGUCUGAAACUCCUACCACUCUGGAGUCAUGUAGUAACUCUCAUCUGACAGAAGUCUUAAAUGAGACGAUAAAGAAAGAAUUUCACAUCUUUAGUGUGAAGAGUUAAAUCAAACGGCCCUGAAAUGUGGAGUGCUACAAAAAAAGAGCAAUUUCAGUAAUCAGUUGUGCAUUCAUUUUGGAGGAAAACAAUAUAAGAUGUGAGAAAUGUGAGACCAUAUUUGUAUUAUUUGUUUUGUCUUUACUCUUAAAAAUACACAUUGUUAGUUAUUUAUAUUUAAAAAUGUGGUUUCACAAAAUGAACAAAAAAAAUGUUGCAAUGGCCAGGGUAAAAAGAUAAACAAGAAUGAAUAUGAACAUAUUUUUACAUUCAGGGCACAAUGUUAUAUGUUGUUGUUUUAUAUUUUGAUCACCAUACUAUGUAUUUACAGGUGCAAUCAGAAAUAUUCAACCCCCUCAACUCAAAAUACAUUAUAGUGAUAUCGAUGAACAAUCAUGAAAACAAUUACAUGCCAGAAAUACUGCUGGUUUAUGUCCAACCAAAACUCUAAAGUCUUAAGCCGUGUUUCCACCACAGGAACUAGGGACUUUGGGCUGGUACUUGGUGUGUUUCCACCGCAGGAACCAGGAACUAAAUAAAGUUCCGGGUAAAAAAAUGCCCCUCAGAAAGUCCCUGCUG